UACGCAGCACAUCGAUUCAUUACCUAACUGCGUCAACGAUGCCUGAACCCGCCAAGGCUGCGCCCAAAAAGGGCUCCAAGAAAGCCGUGACCAAGACCGCCGCUAAAGGCGGCAAGAAGAAGAGGAAGACCCGCAAGGAGAGCUACGCCAUCUACGUGUACAAGGUGCUGAAGCAGGUCCACCCCGACACCGGCAUCUCCUCCAAGGCCAUGAGCAUCAUGAACUCGUUCGUCAGCGACAUCUUCGAGCGCAUCGCCGGCGAAGCCUCCCGCCUGGCGCACUACAACAAGCGCUCCACCAUCACCUCCAGGGAGAUCCAGACCGCCGUCAGGCUGCUGCUGCCCGGGGAGCUGGCCAAGCACGCCGUGUCCGAGGGCACCAAGGCGGUGACCAAGUACACCAGCUCCAAGUAGACGCUGCUACGAGCACCAGAAAACACAAAGGCUCUUUUAAGAGCCACACA